GUCUGUCAGUGGCCAGGUUUACAAACCUGGGGAAAGGGAGCCUCGAGUACCAGCAAAGGAGAAUCUGGCUGACAGAGCAGAUCGAGCUUUAUCUCUGCGCGUUUUUGGAUCGUGUCUAGCGGAGAGAUGUUCCUCAGCAAAGUGAACGGCGUCGACUCUGCGCCCCGCUGCAGCUCUGCAUCUCCGGACGGGGACACCCUCGCAGGUUACCAGCCGAUGGAGACCACACAGGGGGCCGUUUCUGACCGAGAGGCGUCUGCGACUCCGUUUGUUCCUACGGUGACUGCGAUCUCGACCACCCCAGACUUGCAGUGGAUGGUCCAGCCCACCAUCGUCACGUCCGUCUCGCCGUCUCCGGGCAGAGCUGCAGCCAAUGAGGCGCAGAGCUCCCUCAAAACACACGGGGGCAAGGGGAAAAGCGCCUCCAGGAAGGGGAAAGUCGAGCAGCUCACACCAGAAGAGGAGGAAAAGAAGAGAAUAAGGAGGGAGAGGAAUAAGAUGGCUGCAGCGAAGUGCCGCAACAGACGGAGAGAGCUCACAGACACCUUGCAGGCUGAAACCGACAAGCUGGAGGAAGACAAAGCAGCUCUGCAGGCUGAAAUAGCAAAUCUUCUCAAGGAAAAGGAAAGACUCGAGUACGUUCUCGCCACACAUAAGCCUUUGUGCCAGCUGCCCGAAGAGCUGGACAGCAUUUUCCCAGAGUCGCCACAGCCGCUCCCUUCUUCAGAAUCGACCAGCAAGCUCCCCGAGGAUGGCGCACAGGACACACCUUCUCUACAAGACUUGGAAACCCCUUCCGUCCCAUCCUCAGCUAUCUCGGGGAACUCCAACAUCCUGCUGUGCUCCAGCGCAGAGGUCAGCCUGUGUGACCUUGAGCCAUCGCUGGACGUCAAGGAGGAGCUCCUGGAAAAUAUCCUUGGUACAGUGGAUGAGGACAGGAUCUCGGUGGAAACAGCGCGCUCUGUCCCUGACAUUGACCUUACUGGUUCCCUGGGAUUCACAGACUGGGAAACCCUGUACAAGUCUGUGGCCAAUGACCUGGAACCCUUAACCACCCCUGUGGUGAGCACCUCUACACCCACGUGCAGCAAUUACCUGUCCGUCUUCACCUUUGCCUGCCCAGAGCUGGACUCUCUUGCUGAGGAACUGGAUGGCUGCAAAGGUGGGACAUCCAAAUCUGAUUCGAACGUAGAUAUCCUGAACUCGCCCACGCUCCUGGCAUUAUAAACACAAACGUGACAGAAACAAAGGUAGUUUGUUUCAUGAUAACGGUCUCAACUAUUGGAUAUCACUGUGUUAUGAUAUCUGAGAUGAGUGGUAUUGAUGUGAAGCCCGCAGUUUAGUGGCCGCAUCCACGAAAUAUGUAACGUGACCAAGAUAGUGUUUAUCCUCUUCCAGAUAAUUUUGAUGUAGCUAAGAGCAUGGAAAAAUUAUCCUAUGGACAGUUAUGAGCUAUGUUCUGGUUUGAAAAAGCAUGCGCAAAGAUCUCAUAUGAAUAAAUAAAUAAAUAAGUGAACAAACAAAUGAAUAUAUAAAUUAACAACAUAUAUGUAUGUAUCAGUUUUAUAUUUGUUUGAUCUGAUGUGAGGUCUUCUGUAAGCUGUAUUGUGCACUGUUCACUGUGCAGUUUUGUGUUUUUUGAUGGCAAUAGUUUAUCAAUGUUGUGCUUUAGUACACAUUCUUGAAGUUCUUGCAUACCUCAGUGUCAUCAUUCAGACUGUGUUUUGACGUCAUUAAAAUGUUUAGAGUUUUCCAUGAAAACAUCCAGUGCUAUAUCGAUCAAGAUGUAUUUUAUGAUAAUUUAUUUUUCUACCUUUUAAAUUUUGACUUGUUUGUCAAAUGAGAAGAGUUAAAUGAGCAUUGAUUGCUUAUGAAUUAAUAUUCACAUUAAAUAUUCAUGCAAUGUGA